AUGACCUGUCCCCGUGUCCCUGCCCCCCCCACACUGUCCCCAUGUCCCCUGCCCUCCUCACGCUGUCCCCGUGUCCCUGCCCCCUCUCACACUGUCCCCGUGUCCCCUGCCCUCCUCACGCUGUCCCCGUGUCCCCUGCCCCCUCUCACGCUGUCCCCGUGUCCCCUGCCCUCCCCCACACUGUCCCAUGUCCCCUGCCCCCUCUCAGCUGUCCCCUGUCCCCUCCCAGCCGAGGUGCAGAGUGAGACCGAGCGGAUCUUUGAGCUGGCCCGGACGCUGCAGUUGGUGGCCCUGGACGCCGACACCAUCAACCACCCAGCCCAGCUGGCCAAGACCUCGCUGGCGCCCAUCAUCGUCUACAUCAAGAUCACCUCCCCCAAGGUGCUGCAGAGGCUGGUGAAGUCCCGGGGCAAGUCCCAGGCCAAGCACCUCAACGUGCAGAUGGUGGCUUCGGACAAGCUGGCACAGUGCCCACCUGAGAUGUUCGACAUCGUGCUGGACGAGAACCAGCUGGAGGAGGCCUGCGAGCACCUGGCCGAGUACCUGGAGGCCUACUGGAAGGCCACGCACCCGCCCAGCAGCAACCCCCCGAACCCGCUGCUGAGCCGCACCAUGGCCACGGCCGCGCUGGCCGCCAGCCCCGCGCCCGUCUCCAACCUCCAGGCUCCGCACCCGGAGGGGGAGCACGGCCGCCUCCGGCAGGGCCCGGGGGACUCGGGGGGCCGCGGGCAGGGCAGGGUCCCCCCGCCACCCUCCCGCCCGGGCCCCCGCAGCCUGGCCCGCCAGGACACCUUCGACUCGGAGGCUCCGGGCAGCCGGGACUCGGAGCCCGGCGAUUCCUGCUGCAUGGACAUCGAGAUGGAUCCCGUCGAGGAGGAGCCGCCGGGCACUCCCGGGGCCGGACCGCAGCCCCCGCCCGGCUCCUGGGACGGGGCCGAGCCCGGGCUGCGGGGCCGAGCCAAGGGCCAGGAGCCGCUGGGCCAGAGCGAUGGCGAGGGCUGGGGCCGGGACGUUUACAUGCGUUAGGAUGAGGGGGUGCGGGCAGCGCUGGUUUUGGGGUGCGGGCCAGCCCCGCUGGUUGCCUUCGUGCCCGCCCUUCGUGCCCGGCCAGCAGUGCCCCGGGGGCGCCCCCUGCCCCGCUCUCGGCUGAGGGGGGGUCUCCCCCUGCCGCAGCCCCCCAGCAUCGCGCGGUGCCUCGGGCCCUCCCUGCCCGCCAGCGACAGCAAGUGACCAAAGGGGACCCGGCGUGUCCCCGUCCCCCAGGCGCGGGGUGGGGGCCGUGCCCCCCUCCCCAGCCCUGCCCGCUGGGUGCCCCCCGCUUCUCCAUGGUGCUCUCGGCUGCGGCGGUCCCCGGAGCUGGCCGUGGCCGUGGGGGGUCCCCGCCAGCUGCCCCCCAGCCUGGCAGUGCCCUGGCACUGCCCCCACAGCCCCCUGCCCUGCCGGGGGGUGCAUGCGUGUGUGUGCAGGGCUCUGGGGGCUCCCCGCUGCCCCAGGCUGUGCCCCCCGAGGUGCUGCCUGCCCGGGGGGGUGGGGGGGCGGUCUGCAUGUGUUUGCCUUGGAGGGGCUCUGCCUGAAUUGGGGGGUGGGGGGGUGAAUCUGAGCCAGUUUUGGGGGUCUAACCUGUGCUAACAGCUGCCCAGCCCUGGCCUGCUGGGGGGGGUCGUGCUGUCCUGGCACUGCCAGGCCCCGGCCCCCCCUUCCCCAGCCCCCCCUCCCUUCCCGUUUCAACCCACCCUCCCCCCCCGCUGUGCCUGUCCACGCUCGCCCUGUCCAGCCGUGUCCGUCUGUCCGUCUGUCCGUGAGCCUCUGUCCGUCCCCGCCCUCCCGCACCCCGGGGCACUGCCUUGUCCUGUGCCCGCCCCGGGGCGUCCCCUGUGCCCCCCCAGCUCUGCGGGGUGACCACACCAGGGUGGCCUGGGGACACCCCCAUGUCCAGCCCUCACCGCGGGACGGGGCUUGUCCCACUUUUUGGGCAGCCCCUCGCCCCCCACCCCCAUUCCUGGGGGUCCCCGGGGUCACUGCCUUACCCAGACCACCAGCCCGGGUCGGGGGGCUUGGGGGCACCCAGCUCUGCCGCUGCCAAGCCGCCACCCGCGUGUGCCUCAGUUUCCCCCUGUUUUUCGGGGGGGGGGACUCGGUGUCACUGCCUGCCAAGUGCUUUGAGCCCCCCCUGCCCCAGCGCUCGCCCCCGUGGCAGCCAAACUCCGGGCAGUGGGGUCCCCCCGGCCUCCCCCGCGGGGCAGAGGGACGUCCCGUAUUUAUGUGACUCCACAAACUUUUAAUUUAAAGACCCGACAAAAAUGUAUUUUAUUUAUUUAUUCUCGUUGGCGUGUGUGCGUGCGUGUGUGUGUGUGGCGGGGGGGACUCGCCCCGCUCGCUUGGUUCUUUGUAAUAAACAUUUCGGUGAGACCUGUC